AUGAGCAACCUGCCGGAUUGGGGCCGCAGAAGGAGCCGGUCUCUGGACGGCUCCCGCGGCACGGGUACGGGCACCUCUCGGUCCGUGAGCCCCGAGGGACCAUCGAGACAGCCAUCCACGGGAGAUCUGCAGUGCUCCGGCCGGGCAAGAGCUUGGUCAGGGUCCGUGUCAAGUACCGGUCAACGUUGGCCGGCCGAGUCAGAGGGCGAAAUCUGCCUGCUUGGCAUGAGCGACUCUGAGGAGGACAAGGCCUCAGAAGAUUUGGAGAGGAACGUCGUGGCUUCCGCGAUUAUGGAGGGUGGCGGCGGUGCCUUUUCGACCUCCCGCAUCGAUGCGGCGAAGCUGGGCCUCCCCGACUUCGAGUCUGACGCCCCGCCGCUGUCUCGGCGAACCUCGGAGAGAUCCCAGGCGUCGCCGAGAAUGUUCUCACCACUGAUUGCCCAGUUGAAUCCAUUCCAGCCUCCCAACCUGGAUCUGCCUGAGCCCGAUCCUGUCGCCCAGAAUGAGGAGCCCUCUGCCCCACAGGAUAGUGUGAGCAAGCUGGUGGAGGAGAUGGGGGACCUCGUCUGCCAACUGCAGCAACGGCAGGAGCUUGCGAUCGUGUCGGAAGAAGCCUGCCAAGAGGAGAGCUGUUCCAUCGGCUUGGGCUUCUGCGAGAGUUCGCAGGUCUUGUACCGUGAGAUCCACAUUCACGCAAUAAAAACGUGA